ACGCAUUCGUCGUAGGAUAAUAUCACGCCAGCGUAGUGUCCGACUAGACUGACGAGCUCGCCGUUCCGCAUCAAUGGCGCACGCGCUCUCUCUCGUCGUCGCUCUCUCCACACGCUCUCCCCAGCCACCUUCUCCUUCUUCUCGUUCAUCGAGUCGGCCGUCGAAGCUCGGCGGGAGAAAUCUCCGUUCGAAUGCUUCGGAUGCUGCUCGAAGAAGAGGUCCUGUUUCUCCUUCGCACAAAACCCAGAAGCUGAACUCGGAGGUUUCCCCCCACCGAGCUGUGUCUGCGGUCAGAUUGAUGAGAAUAGAGCUAGGCGGUGCUUUCGCUGACCUCUUGAAUGAGAGAGGGAAAGGCUCCGGCGAAAACGAGAUGGGCUAUGUUGAACGGACUCUCGGCUUUCGCACCCGCGAGUUGGAUGAUCGCGAUCUGAGAUUGGUCACAGAUGUUGUUGGAGGCACCAUCCGUUGGAGAAGGUUUCUUGAUCACUUGAUUGUGUCUUUAUGCCAUGACCAGAGCACGUUUAGACACAUGGAACCACUUCUUCUACAGAUUCUUCGGAUCGGGAUGUAUGAGAUUGUCAAGCUGGAUAUGCCACCUUAUGCUGUCGUAGAUGAGAAUGUAAGGCUUGCUAAGGUUGCCCUCAGACCUGGUGCUGGCAACAUGGUGAAUGGUAUUCUCAGGAAGCUAGUCCAGCUAAAGGAAAGUGAUGCUCUUCCGCUGCCUAAAUUGGAAGGUGAUGAUCGUGCACAAGCACGUGCUCUUGCCACUCUUUAUUCUCACCCUGUGUGGAUGGUAAGGCGAUGGACUAAGUACUUUGGGAGAGAAGAAGCAAUAAAACUGAUGGUUUGGAAUAACAGUGAACCCAGCUAUAGCUUGAGGGCAAAUACUGGAAGGUUUACAAGAGCUGAUCUUGUGAAGCAUCUUGACAUGUUGGAGGUUCCAUACGAGCUUUCCUUAAAUAUGGAGGACUUUGUUCGAAUUAAGACCGGAAUGCAGAUCAUCAUACGAGCUGGAUUGCUUAAAGAAGGCACAUGUGCAGUCCAGGAUGAGAGUGCAGGUUUGGUAGUCUCCCUUUUGGAUCCUCAACCUAGCGACUGCAUUAUUGAUUGUUGUGCUGCUCCUGGAGGAAAGACUCUCUACAUGGCGUCCUGUUUAAGUGGACAAGGGAUGAUCUCUGCUAUUGAUGUAAACAGAGGAAGAUUGAGAAUCCUCCAAGAAACUGCAAAGGUGCACCAGGUUGAUGGAGUCAUCACUACCGUCCAUGCAGAUCUUCGUGAUUUUGCUGGCAAUAACCCACUGAAGGCCAAUAAAGUCUUGUUGGAUGCUCCAUGUUCUGGACUGGGAGUUUUGUCCAAGAGAGCUGACUUACGGUGGAAUAAGAAUUUAGAAGAUCUGGAAGAGCUCAAGGAACUGCAAAAUGAACUUCUUGAUGCAGCCUCCAGAUUGGUGAAGCCUGGUGGCGUGUUAGUGUACAGUACUUGCUCCAUUGAUCCUGAAGAGAAUGAGGAGAGAGUGACAGCAUUUCUUCUCAGGCAUCCGGAGUUCUGCAUUGAUCCUGCUGACAAGUAUGUCCCUGGUGAAUUUGUAACGGAAAGGGGUUUCUAUUUCUCCAAUCCAGUUAAACAUUCCUUGGAUGGCGCCUUUGCAGCUCGUCUUCUCCGAGCUUUAUAGUUGUGCUGGCCACUUCAUAUGGUCCUAUAUUCUUAAUGGCUUUGGGGGGUGGAUGCUCGAAUUGGACUUGGAGCUGUAAUAUCCAUCUGCCGUUCAAAAUGGUUGCCAAUAGCCUCCUCAAGUGAUCAUGCCAGUUUCAGCAAACGUUUAUCUUCACACAUCUGAUUCCAGUUUUAGGGGUGCUGUGAGUGCAUGACUCAAGUCUCAUGUUCUGUUGCAGCAUUUUAAUGAUUCUUGGCUCAGUUGAGGUUAACUAGUCUGGGACAGCAGAUGCAAGGUUAUGUGUAACCCGAUCCCUCUCAUACCAUGCUUGAGCAAUGUGCUUAUGUUACUAUCCUAGGCCAAAAUAUGUUGCUUCUCUAAUCUGGCUAGCUUGAGCUCCAGCGCAACCCCUCCACAGCAGAUCGGUGCAACAUGAUACAGAGAGAGGAUGAAGCAAAGGCAUGACGCAGAUGCAUACCCCCUGUUGCUGUGGAUUAACUUACUCCCAUUUGUAGAGGUCUCACGGUUGAGGGUCACAAGCGGCGUCAUGCUUUAUCUGUUUGCAACGAAAUUUCUGCAUUCUUAUAAGAAUUUUUCACGUUGGGAUGUUAUAGCCAUGAAAGUCCUGGAUUGUAGGCUUUUGAAUAAUCUAAGUCAAUGGAAUGGCUAGAGUAAGGAGGAUUUGCGGAUGCAGCUCUCUGUAGUUCUGUGAAUAUCAGGAAAAUAUUUCUUCAGUGGCACCGAAAGGCCGGCAAACCAAGUGCCAGCAGCAUUCUCGUGGCUGAUAAGCCUUCACUAGAA